UCCUUGAGAAAAGCGGUAGUGGUAGUAGUCUGUUGGUGUUUCGCUUAGGGAAGCGAUCAUUUUCAUAUCAGUUUGUGUUUAUGUGUCUACACGUCCGUUUAGUUUAGUUAAAUCAUAAUUAAGGUCAUUUGUGUUAUGGAACUAGAUAAAAUGGACGAGAACGACUGGAAAUACCACGGAGAGGGUAAUAAGAGUCUAGUUGUCUCUCAUGUUCAGCAUUCGCAAGUCCUUCGCCUUUUGAAAUACCCCACAGAAGAUGCUGAACACGCACACCAGACAUCGGAGCAGGCCUUCAAACACAUCCAGAACAUUGUGGAAUUCAGUAAGAACGUCAUGAAGCCUCUUCUCGGAGAGACCUGCGUCCACCACGGGGAAGCCGUUAAACUCCCCUUGGAUUUUCUGAGGCAGCUGUCCUUAAAGGUCCAACAGGAGCGGCCAGAGUCGCGCUGUGACAAGGUGAUGGACACAUUCAGCGGCUGCGCGCUGUGCCUGCCCAACCUGACGCAGCUCUCUGCCUGCCGCCUCAGCGACCGCGGGCCGCAGCUCUGCAUCGAGAUCAAGCCAAAAUGUGGAUUUCUGCCAUCUUCACAGCUGAUCAUGAAGGAGGUCAAGCGUAGGGUGUGUCGGUUUUGCAUGCACCAGCACUUUAAGAUAGCUAAUGGAAAGUGGAAGCGGAUGAGCAGAUACUGUCCUCUGGAUCUGUUUUCAGGGAACAAACAGAGAAUGUACUUGGCAAUUAAACACUUACUAGAAGAACCACAGAACAACUUAAAAAUUUUCAAGAAUGGUGAGCUGAUCUACGGCUGCGAGGAGGUUGCGUCCUGCCAGCAGGACCUGGAUGCGCUCGCGUGCCACCUUGGCCCGUACUUCCCCCCGCAGGACACCGAUGCGCCCGUCAACGAGCUCAUCCAGGCCAUCGUGGGCGCGCUGCUCGACAGCCCAGGAUGCGACCACGCCGGGGAUCACUGGAGAGCGCCCCCUGUGGAUGGCUGUACUUACUGCGAGGGCAGCCCACUGCCUUGUGAACUGCUCCAGAACGGGAACCACAGCCUGCCCAAGGAUUGCAUCUUGCACAAAAUACUUCAAGCUCAAAUGCUGGACAACCUUGACAUCGAAGGGGUUUACCCCUUGUACAAGCGAGUUGAGCGGUACCUUGAGGAAUUCCCUAAAGAGAGGGGAAAGCUACAGAUAGAUGGGCCCUACAAUGAAAAAUUCUUGGAAAAACUGAAAAACUGUCCAGCUGAAGAUGACGGUUCCAUUGAAUAUCCUGUUGGAAAGGUUCACCAGUACAGAGUAUCGAUGACAGCCAAAGACUGCUCCAUCCUGAUCGCCCUCUCACCAUGCGGAGAGGAUGAACUACUGGAGCCCAACCUGGAUUUACAGGCUCCAAAGCCCAGGUUCACAUACUCCGUGUCCAUCUUAGAUUUAGACCCCAAACCGUACGAGAGCAUCUCUCACCAGUACAAACUGGACUCAAAAAUCGUGAACUACUAUCUGUGGAACACGCAGGCCAAUCAGAACAAGCCGCACGCACCAGCAACGCAUGUCUACCUGGAGAGAGAUGCUCAGGACUGCACCCUAGUGUUCCAGGCUGUCUAAACAUCCGCGCUCCCGUCACCUGCACGGAGCAUACUUUAGUUAUGCAAAGUGGACCUAGAUACCUCCUCCCUCCCCCCCAACCCCCCUCCUGCAAAGCUGAAUGCCGUUCUUGCUGAGUGAAUGUAAGUUGGACUGUGGUAUAAAGUUGUCGUUCCUCGAUCUGCUGCCUAUUUCCCGAGAUUGGUCUCGAGCAGUAUGACAUGCCUUCACUAUGUCAUAGAGGCAGAGCUGGAUGGAUCCUGUACCUUAGGCGGUUUGGACGCCCAUUCGAUCAUACAGAAUUCUGCCGUAGGUGCAGAAUCUAACGUGCGCUUUGACUUUUCAAUUGGCUCCGAUCUUGGUCUGUUUAAGCAACAUAAGAAAAAAAAAAAAAAAAAAAA